AUGCUGAAUGAGAUGGGGAAUCUUCCCGGCUCCCCUGCUAAGCGUAUUAGGGAUCUACUGCACAAGUAUGAUCCAGAUUCAGGUUAUGUGUCCAAUGCGACGCCCCUUAGCGUGUCCCAAGACCAGGCUGAGCCUGAGCAAUCCAGUUCACCUUCCUCCAUUGGAUCACUGGAGGCGGUGGAUCGAGUUGAGGAGGACCUCAAUCAGACUGAAAGUUCUCGUGCCACAGGAUUUAUGGGUAAAAGCUCAGAAAUCACAUGGCUAAAAAGGCUACUGGAAGAAGAGCAGCGCGAUGGCAAACCGUCAAAAUCAACAUGUAACGAUGAUAGCCGCUCCGGUGACCGAAUUCCUCCACACUGCAUCGACUAUCAUAUCGAUGACUUGAGCAUCAGUGUUCCGGAGGCAGUACAAAUGUAUUGGGUGCCCCACCGACAGCUAGCAGAUCGUCUGUUUGAAACUUAUUUGCUCAUGGUUCACCCGCAAUACCCCAUUAUUGACCGGACCCAGUUUUCUGUCCAAUACAGAAACUUUUUUGAUGGGAUCCAUUUGCCAGGUGACAAAUGGAUGGCACUGCUGAACAUGAUCUUUGCGAUAACAUCGAACUACUCUUGUAACAGUGACAUAGCAGGGCCAGGGUCUGCCCAAGACCAUCUGUUAUAUCUGACCCGUGCUAGAAUGCUUAGUAUGGGCGGCGAUAACCUAUUUCAACAUCCUGACCUCCAACAAGUGCAAAUAGAGGGGCUGAUUGCAUUUCACCUGCUGUCUAUAAACCAGAUUAAUAGGGCAUGGAGGAUCUCGGCCCUGGCAAUUCGAUCCGCAAUCUCUCUCGGUAUCAAUUUGAGAAAUAACAGCCACUUACUUCCAGGUCUCAUCAAAGAGUCACAUUGUCGAAUUUGGUGGUGUCUAUUCACUGUCGAACACAAGCUGGGAUUGAUGACUGGCCGUAAAACAGCAAUUUCGAUGAAUAUGUUUAGUUCUCAAUUGCCGCUUCCCUUCAACGAAGAUCAAUUGCUAGAGCCCUCGGCUGCCCGGUUUCUCGAAGAUCUGGAAAUGAGAGAAAACCGCCUGAACAGAGCAAUGACGAGUCCGUACCUACGCCUAGUGGACAGCAAACGAACGCGGGAUGCACUAAUUGGGCUCUCAUGGCUUCAAGCCCUACCUGCCGAUGCCGCACUUUACUUCCUAUACAAUUGCGAUCUGACAGUCUUGACUCAAGAAAUCUUGAACCGAGUUUACUCGGUCGAGUGUGCGAUGCUAUCAUGGGAAGAGAUCAAGAGCCGCAUCAACCAGCUAAAAGCGAGCGUCGAUAGUUGGGUAUCAUGCCUUCCAUCUGCGCUAGAUUUCACUCAUAUGGAAGAAGAGAAUAGCCAAGCCUAUCGGUUCAAAAUAAGCUUGGCAUUCCACUAUUAUAGCACACAAAUCAUGCUAGGACGGCCGUGCCUUUGCCGGCACACGGAUCGCGAUACGCAUGGCUUCACCCACGACAUGGCCGUGUCGACUCUGGAGUCUGCGACACACAUGCUCGAUUUGUUGCCAGAUGAGCCAAACACAAUCUACCUGUAUCAGACCUGUCCAUGGUGGUGUAUUCUUCACUAUAUCAUGCAGACAGCGUCAGUAAUCAUCUUGGAAUUGUCAUUUGGCUGCGUCCAUAUUCGAGGAAAAGAAAGCAGUCUUAUACGUCUCGGGAAAAAGUCUGUCCAAUGGCUCUACACAAUGUCCCAGCAUAGCAUCGCAUCGCGACGUGCAUGGCAGCUGUGUGAAGGUGCACUUUCUCGGCUGGCGCUGAAGCUCGGAUACGACACUCGCAAUUUACCAUUCCGUCCAAACCAGCAGCGGGCCAAGCCAUGCGUUGAUCCUGCGGACCCGUCUUUGCUUGAGCAGCUGGAUGAAACAAUUGACCCCAGGACAUUGUAUACCCACGACGAUCGUCUAUCGCGACCAUAUCCACGGGAAGGUUCUGUCGCAAGCCGGGGUGAAAUUGAAUCAAAUCUUGCGGAUUUAUUGGGCGCUGAACUUCCAUCUGGGCCGAAUACCCAUGACCGUAGCGCAGGCGACACGCAUUUCCCCUAUGACCCAAUCACCGGAGAGUUCAUCCGUUCUUUCUUCCCAGAGCUGAACGAAGACGAGCAGUGGGAUGGCUAA